AUGUUAGACCUGACCAGAAAAGUCGUCCUCAUUACCGGCCUGGGCCAAACGACCGACCAGGGCUGGGGCAUCGGUGCCGCAAUCGCAACCAAACUGGCGGAACAGGGCGCACUGAUCUUUGGCGGCAAUCGAUCCCUCGAGUCAGCGAAGCGAACAAAAUCCCGCAUCGAAGCUGCUGGCGGAAUAUGUGAUGUGCGAGAAACAGAUGUCACAAACAGCACGUCUGUAAAGGAGCUCGUUGACGCUUGCAUGCAGCGACACGGCCGAAUCGAUAUCCUGGUCAACAAUGUCGGCAAAUCGGAGCCUGGUUGUCCCGCUGCCAUGGCCGAAGAUACCUGGAAUGCGCAGAUGGACCUGAACCUGAAGAGUAUCUAUCUCACUUGCCAUCAUGUGCUCCCAAUCAUGGAGAACCAAGCUACUGGAGGUUCGAUUGUGAAUGUCUCGAGUAUCGCGGGCUUGCGGUACAUCGGCAAGCCACAGGUCGCAUACUCAACGACCAAAGCUGCCAUGAUGCAGUUUACCAAAGUCACCGCUGUUAUGUACGCGGCGAAGGGAGUGAGGUUGAAUACCGUCGUCCCAGGACUCAUCUACACUCCGUAUACGAGGGAACUGGCGAAACGGUAUGCACCUGGUGGCGAUGAGGAGGAGUAUAUGAGGAUGCGGGAUGGACAGGUCCCCAUGGGGCGGAUGGGAGACGGAUGGGAUGUGGCGAAUGCUGUGGUGUUUUUGGCGUCAGACGAAGCGAAGUACAUCACUGGUCAAGAGUUGGUGGUGGACGGUGGAAUCACUUCGUCUACAGGGAGAACUUGA